AAAAAAAAGGUGAAGAGAGAGCAAGACUCGAGAAACGUCGCAGCUACCACGGCCGUAAGCACUCUGACAAUCGCAAAACUAUCUAAAGAUCGGUGGCGCACAAGCCAAGAUGCAUCAAAUUCUAUUUUUUUAGGUUGAGUUUUGCUCAUCUAUUCAUAUCUUACGAGACUAUAACAAUAUAAUUUGUCGGCAGAACCAGAAUGAAUUGUCGCCAUAAAAGAGUGUACAAGAAUGGCCGAGAAAGAAGUUCCAUGUACAGAGAAUGUUAAAAGCCCAGUAUCCAUAUUCUUUAGAGAUAUAAGAUCUAUUUUUAAAUUGGAUGAGCUUGGCCAAGAAAUAGCAAGGAUAGCCCUACCUGCUGCACUAGCUUUGACAGCAGAUCCUGUUGCAUCUCUGGUUGAUACAGCAUUCAUUGGCCAUAUAGGUCCUAUUGAGCAGGCUGCUGUGGGAGUUUCAAUUGCUGUAUUCAAUCAAGCAUCAAAGAUUGCAAUAUUCCCCCUAGUCAGCGUAACAACUUCUUUCGUCGCUGAAGAAGAUACCAUCACGAAAGCAAGUCAGGACCUGCAAAAUGAUAAGAUCAAGGAGCAGAAUGAAGGAGAUGCUGAAGCAAUGGAUACUGAUUCACCAUCAAACAGCGAAAGCAAAAGCCUGAUACCUAAAAAUGGGAGUGUAUGCAAGUCAGAAAAGAUGGCUUCUAGCUUUGAGGUUGUGAAGCCUAAGCCCGAAAAGAGGCACAUUCCAUCCGCCUCGUCUGCAUUAAUAAUUGGCGCUGUCCUUGGCAUCAUCCAAGCAGCAUUUCUAAUCGCCGGAGCAAAACCUUUAUUAAAAUUCAUGGGAAUCAAACCUGGCUCAGCUAUGUCAAAACCAGCAGAAGAUUACCUGAGAUUAAGGUCACUUGGUGCACCAGCAGUUCUCCUCUCAUUAGCAAUGCAAGGAGUCUUCAGAGGAUUUAAAGACACAAAAACUCCACUAUUUGCAACUGUGGCAGGAGAUUUGGCAAAUAUUAUUUUGGAUCCCAUAUUCAUGUUUGUUUUCCGUCUUGGUGUCCGAGGUGCCGCAAUCGCUCAUGUAAUUUCUCAGUACCUAAUUUCAGUUAUACUGUUUUGGAGACUAAUGGAAAAGGUUGAUCUUGUACCUCCUAGUCUCAAAUAUCUUCAAUUUGCUCGUUUUCUUACGAAUGGCUUCCUAUUGUUAGUGAGGGUCAUAGCAGUGACAUUCUGUGUAACAUUAGCUGCAUCAUUGGCUGCACGGUUAGGACCCACACAAAUGGCUGCAUUUCAAGUCUGCUUGCAGGUUUGGCUAGCUACAUCUCUUCUAGCUGAUGGCUUAGCUGUUGCUGGUCAGGCAAUACUAGCAAGUGCAUUUGCUCAAGAGGACUUCAGUAGGUGUACUGCAACAGCAUCAAAAGUGUUACAGUUGGGAGUAGUUCUAGGGCUAGUACUAGCACUCACACUUGGAGUUGGUUUACACUAUGGAGCAAGAGUAUUUACACAAGACGUCGAUGUCCUACACUUAAUUGCCAUUGGUAUUCCGUUCGUCGCAGCAACUCAACCAAUCAAUUGCCUCGCCUUUGUCUUUGACGGUGUAAACUUUGGUGCAUCUGACUUUGCAUAUUCUGCAUAUUCAAUGCUUACAGUGGCUAUUUUCAGCAUUGUGUUCUUGCUCAUUCUAUCAUCAAGUUUUGGAUAUAUUGGAAUUUGGGUAGCUCUAACCAUCUAUAUGAGCCUAAGAGCUUUAGCUGGUUUCGGGAGGAUAGGCACUGGAACCGGGCCGUGGAAGUUCCUCAGGAGCUGAAAGUCUCUGUUAGACUGCUUAUUAUUAUAGACACACGCACACCUUUUCAUACAGUAAAUUUGUACAGUAAACUGAAAUUCUUUAUAAGGACCAAAGAAACAUAGGAGAGACCUUAUAAGGCAAUUUUGUUCAUUGGUGUAUGUACUCUUUUGUAGUUUGAGGAAAUAGGAAAAAAAUUGUAUAUGUACACAGUACUCUUUUCCUUCCAUUACAUUUAAUUCAACAACACUAGUAAAUGCAAUCAUUUUGUUUAUUUUCCCUCGAA